GACUCAGUGGCCAAGUUUCUUACAAUAUUGUGCCACUAUACAUUCUAUCGAAUUGGUGGUCUCUUUAGAUACUAGACUUAUAUCUUCUUAUGCUUGCUUGAAAUUAUGUUAACUUUCAUUGGUCGCGUGUACAUGUGUUCUUCUAGGUUUUCUUAGUAUAUGUGUAAAUGAAUGAAUAUUUCUUAUUUUGAUUUUGUCAUCUUUAUUUUACGUUAACAAAACAUUCAAUGCUUAAAGCAAAGGCAUAAUUUCAUUUUAUAUAAAAAAUCGGACUCUUUUUUUUUGUAACUCAAAUAAGGCACUCCUUUUUAUUGAUGAAAUUAUGUCAAAGCAUGACAAUUACUAAUUAUGAAAGACAUCGCUAUUUUAUGGUUUUGUGUUUUUUUUUUUUUCAUAAUGAUAACCAAUAGCUUUGGUUUUGCUGUUAGAUUGGUUUGUGUGUAUUUCUUUUGGGAGCUUUAUCAUUUUAUGUACUAUUAAUUUUUUCUUACUAUAUUUGUGUAUUUGUUUCCAAUAUCUUGCAUCUGUAAAUGGAUGAUAGUUAUGAGAAUUUCUUCUGAAAUUUAAUCUGACGGUUCUAUUAAUAGUUAUGGAUAUAUCUUGAAUUUUGUUUUCCAAAACUAGGAUGGUAAAAAGUUCAUAAUAGUUAAUAUACAUAUCAAGGGCAUCAAGAAUAGUAAAGUUUAUUUUUCUACGUCUAGAAAGUAAAGCUUCUAUUAGUUCAAUAAAUAUAUCACGAUCAUCAAGAAUAGUAAAGAUUUCCACUAUUUAUCACUGGAAAAGUCAUACAAUAAGACAUACAAAAGGAAUUUACAUCUCCUUCAUCAUCAUCGGUUUGUUCUUUUGAUUCCACAAUGAAGCGUUUGCUGCUGCUUGUUGUCCUCUGCAGCCUUUCUCUAUCAAGGUGUGAAUCAAAAGUCGUGCCGUAUGAUUAUUCUGCAACCAUAGAGUGUCUAGAGAUCCCUUUAAAACCACAGUACAAUGGAGGAAUCAUCGUAAACCCUGACCUACGAGAUGGUGGUUCCCUAGGCUGGACACCAUUCGGAAACGCGAAAGUCGAUUUCAGAAAAAUUGGAAACCAUAAUUUUGUUGUUGCACGAGACAGGAAACAACCUUAUGACAGUGUUUCACAGAAGGUUUAUUUGGAAAAGGGACUUCUCUACACUUUCUCUGCUUGGUUACAAGUAAGCAAAGGAAAGGCUCCUGUGAAAGCCGUUUUCAAGAAGAAUGGUGAAUAUAAGCAUGCUGGUUCAGUUGUUGCUGAAUCCAAAUGCUGGUCCAUGCUUAAGGGUGGUCUCACUGUUGAUGAAUCUGGCCCUGCCCAACUCUAUUUUGAGAGCGAGGAUACAACUGUUGAGAUUUGGGUUGAUAGUGUCUCGUUGCAACCAUUCACACAAGAAGAGUGGAACUCUCACCACGAACAAAGUAUUCAGAAGGAGAGAAAGAGAACCGUGAAAAUCAGAGCCGUGAACAGCAAAGGCCAGCCGAUACCAAAAGCAACCAUUUCCAUUGAACAGAGGAAACUCGGAUUCCCAUUCGGGUGCGAGGUAGAAAAGAACAUUCUCGGGAAUAAAGCAUACCAAAACUGGUUCACUCAAAGGUUCACGGUGACAACUUUCGCGAACGAGAUGAAAUGGUACAGCACAGAAGUUGUAAGAGGCAAAGAGGAUUACUCAACGGCUGACGCGAUGUUGCGAUUCUUCAAGCAGCAUGGGGUUGCUGUACGUGGCCACAAUAUUUUAUGGAAUGAUCCUAAGUAUCAACCUGGAUGGGUGAAUUCUCUGUCUGGUAACGACCUCUACAACGCUGUGAAACGAAGGGUUUUCUCGGUGGUCUCACGAUACAAGGGCCAGCUUGCGGGUUGGGACGUUGUGAAUGAGAAUCUCCAUUUCUCCUACUUUGAGGACAAGAUGGGUCCUAAAGCCUCAUAUAACAUCUUUAAGAUGGCGCAAGCGUUUGAUCCAACGACAACCAAGUUUAUGAAUGAAUACAAUACGUUAGAGGAAUCAAGAGAUUCAGAUUCUAGUCCAGCAAGGUAUUUGCAGAAGCUUAGGGAGCUUAGAUCUAUCCGAGUUUGUGGCAACAUAUCGCUAGGGAUCGGCCUCGAGUCUCAUUUCAAGACUCCAAACAUUCCAUACAUGAGAUCAGCUCUUGACACUCUUGCUGCCACUGGUUUGCCUAUUUGGCUCACUGAGGUUGACGUCGAAGCUCCUCCAAAUGUCCAGGCCAAGUAUUUUGAGCGGGUCCUAAGGGAAGGCCACGCGCAUCCGCAAGUGAAAGGAAUAGUAACGUGGUCUGGUUAUUCUCCAUCAGGUUGCUACAGAAUGUGCCUAACCGAUGGAAACUUCAAGAACUUACCCACUGGAGACGUUGUGGACAAACUUCUCCACGAAUGGGGAGGCUUCCGCAGACAAACCACAGGUGUCACUGAUGCUGACGGAUACUUUGAAGCUUCUCUCUUCCAUGGUGACUACGAUCUCAAAAUUGAUCAUCCUCUCACCAAUUCAAAAGCUUCUCAUAGCUUUAAGCUGACUUCUGAUGUCUCCUCCUCAGAGACUCAAGCAUCCUCUUUUGUUUUUCGUGUUUAAGAAGCCAAGUAUAAAACUACUUUAUACUUGAGUAGUUUGAUUCUUAGUCAAGAAUGGUGGCAAAUAGUCUGUUUUGUUAUUAUUCUAGACAUGGUAUAUAUGUAUAGCCGUGUCUCUGGAAACCACCAAGGGCUUAAUCAUGAGCAUCAUUGUGUUGGGUUCUCAAAGUUUUAAGCCUCUGUAUUGUAAUGAAUAUUUAUCAAUAACAUUCUCUAA